AUGGUGGCUCAAAAGGGUGGAUAUGCUAGUGUUGAUUUUACCAAGAAAUAUUUAUAUAACUAUUUUGAUAGUCAAAUGUGUGGUGAGAUUAAAGAUAGAGAUGUUGCUGCUGCCUUAAGUUAUCUUCGUGGGAAGGCCGACAAUGAUCCCAUGUUAUAUGCAAAAUUUGCAACUAAUAGUGAUGGUAGAUUGGAGCAACUUUUUUGGGCAGAUGGAUGCAGUAGAUUUGAUUUUUUAUGUUUCGGUGACGUUCUUGCAUUUGACACGUCAUAUAGGAAAAACAAGUAUAACUAUCUUUUUGUAAUUUUCUCUGGAUGUAAUCAUCACUCACAAACCGUCAUAUUUGGUUGUGCUUUGGUGUUAUAUGAAACCAUUGACACAUAUAAAUGGGUCUUAAAAUCAUUUUUAGAAGCAAUGGGAAACAAACAUCCCAAAACAGUUGUGACAGAUGGGGAUGGGGCAAUGAGAGAGGCUAUAAAACAUGUUUUUCCAUAUUCAUGUCAUCGACUAUGUGCCUGGCACUUGCAUAAAAAUGCAUGUGAAAAUGUUAAGAGUUCUCUUUUCUUGAUGGAUUUCAAGAAAGCAAUGUAUUCAGAUUUCACUCCGGAGGAAUUUGAAGAUUUUUGGAUGAACAUGGUUGAGAAGCAUGGACUUGUGGGGAACAAAUGGGUUUCCAAAACAUAUGAGAAUAGAUCAUCAUGGGCCACUGCUUACUUUCGUGAUAUAUUUUUUGGUCGUAUACGUACUACUUCUCAGUGUGAAGCUAUUAAUUCAAUCAUGAAGACAUAUGUUAGGAAAAAAUGCAGCAUUUUUGAAUUUAUACAUAAUUUUGAACAAGCUUUAAGAGAAUAUAGAAACAAUGAACUGGUGGCUGACUUUAAGUCUCUAUAUUCAGAUCUUGUAUUGACGACAUCUCUUUAUGAGAUUGAGAAGGCUACUGCAAAAAUCUACACUGCAGAGGCUUUUAUGGAAGUUAAAGAGCAAAUUGUAUUGUUGUUUAUGAUACUUCAAGGUCAAUAUUUUAUUGUGAAUGUAGACAUUUUGAGUCAUGGGGUAUUCCUUGUUCUCAUAUUUUUUGUGCCAUGA